UACAGUCGGGCGCCGCGGCCUGGGGCUGGGAUGCUAGUGGCUGUGGGCUCCCUGCUGCAGCGGCUCCUGUGAGCGGCGGCGACUGAGGCGCAGGCGGGCAGUGAGGCCAGUGGACGCCGUCGGCGGCCGGCCGUGUCGGCCGCGGGAUGAGGAAGCGGACCGAGCCCGUCGCCUUGGAGCAUGAGCGCUGCGCCGCCUCGGGCUCGUCCUCUUCUGGCUCGGCCGCCGCGGCGCUGGACGCCGACUGCCGCCUGAAGCAGAACCUGCGCCUGGCGGGCAAGGCGCCGGCGGAGCCGCGCUGCGCCGCAGACGCGGGCAUGAAGCGGGCCCUGGGCAGGAGAAAGGGCCUGUGGUUCCGACUGAGGAAAAUUCUUCUCUGUGUUCUGGGGUUGUAUGUUGCCAUUCCAUUUCUCAUCAAACUAUGUCCUGGAAUACAGGCCAAACUGAUUUUCUUGAAUUUUGUGAGGGUUCCCUAUUUCAUUGACUUGAAAAAACCGCAGGAUCAAGGUUUGAAUCACACGUGUAAUUACUACCUCCAGCCAGAGGAAGACGUGACCAUUGGAGUCUGGCACACUGUCCCUGCCGUCUGGUGGAAGGACGCCCAAGGAAAGGACCAGAUGUGGUAUGAGGAUGUCUUGGCUACCAGCCACCCUAUCAUCCUGUACCUGCACGGAAAUGCAGGCACCAGAGGAGGUGACCACCGAGUGGAGCUUUACAAGGUGCUGAGUUCCCUUGGUUACCACGUGGUCACCUUUGACUACAGAGGGUGGGGAGACUCAGUAGGAACGCCAUCAGAGCGAGGCAUGACGUAUGACGCACUCCAUGUUUUUGACUGGAUCAAAGCAAGAAGUGGAGACAACCCUGUAUAUAUUUGGGGUCAUUCCCUAGGCACUGGAGUGGCAACAAACCUGGUGCGGCGCCUGUGUGAGCGAGAGACGCCUCCCGAUGCUCUUAUAUUGGAAUCUCCAUUCACUAAUAUCCGUGAAGAAGCUAAGAGCCAUCCGUUCUCAGUGAUAUAUCGAUACUUCCCUGGGUUUGACUGGUUUUUCCUCGACCCCAUUACAAGCAGUGGAAUUAAAUUUGCUAAUGAUGAAAAUGUGAAGCACAUCUCCUGCUCCCUGCUCAUCCUGCAUGCUGAGGACGACCCAGUUGUGCCCUUCCAGCUUGGCAGAAAGCUCUACAACAUCGCUGCUCCAUCUCGAAGCUUCCGAGACUUCAAAGUUCAGUUUAUUCCCUUUCACUCAGACCUCGGCUACAGGCACAAGUAUAUCUACAAGAGCCCUGAGCUCCCACGGAUACUGAGGGAAUUCCUGGGGAAGUCAGAACCUGGGCGCCAGCACUGAGUCUUGCUGCCUAAAGGAGCAUGAAGACCUCUGCCCUCCUCUCCUUCGCUCUGGCAGCCUGGCACUCUGGAGCCCAGGGGGUGCCAGCAUCUUCGAUGCCCCUGGAGAGCGGACUCGGAUGCCAGCUGGGGCAGGCAGAGGAGGCCCCGGCAGACCUGAGGCACCUGCCCCAGAUGGCUGGGAGCACGGAUCCUUGUGGAAAACACAGAUUGCAGGCAUGUGAUCCCCUCUCCCUCUUGUUGCCACUUAACCUGAGCUCUUGUUGGGAAGACAGUGAAAGAGCAGGCCAGCCUCCAGCUGGUUGAUCCCACACUUCCUGAGCUGGGCAUGGGGAGCCAAGUGCAGGAAGCAUGGGGUAUUGGGACCACGCUGAGCUUUCCAGCACCAUUGGUGAGAUUAUGGGGAGAUGGAUUCAUCUGUCCCUUCCUGGCACACACAGAAUGGACUCUAAUGGUUUGACUGGCCCCUCCCACCUGGAACACCCUGCUUGCCUACAUAGGCCAUCCCUCCCUCUUUGGGCGGGCCCCACCUCUCAGAGCGGGGGAGGUGCCCAUGACCUGCACUUCCUCUGCUUUCUGCCCACCUGUCUGCCUAACCUGGCCUUAGACUGAGCAUUUAUUUAAGAAUAAAAUCGUGGUGGUGGUCUG